AUGGCUCCUCAAGAACGCAAAGCCUUCAAGAAACUGUCGCAGAUUGCCUUCCAUCAGAGAAAAGCAGAUCAUACUUUUGAAAUCCAAGACUUGAGCUGUCGCUUUGGAGAUGUGAAGACAAGAAUGACCAAGACAAUGAAUGACGAUCUCAUGGACGUCCGAGGUCGAGCAUCAGAUCCCAAACGCCGCAAAGCUAUCUCUGGCUCCAACGGACGAUAUUUUCAAGUCAAGAAAUGGGUUCAGCUGCCUGUUGCCGUGGCCGAGAGGAUGCCACAACCAAAGUACCUUGCCGAUCGCCGACCGGGAAUGAACAGUCUCUACCAGGAUGCAUACAAAGCCACGAAUGGAUUUGGAACUUUGGCAGACAUCGUCACUUCUGCAACGAGGAAUGGAACUACCGGAUAG